CGAGCUGGUGGGUGAAGAAAGAGCCCGGACGGUAUCUGAUUUUCUUUGGCCGGUGCAACCCUAAGGCGGUUGCGCUUGCCAAUGCUCACUGUUCCAGAGCUUGCCAUUCGCGGGCGUCGACUGCAGCUUGGAGGAUACUUCAAAGCAUGCUCGGCGUUUGUAGCUUCCCAGAGCUGCAGUUCAUUUCUUUCUUAACCGUUCAGGAGGCUGCUUCUUCCUCUGUUUUGGUCCAUCUGCCUCGAUCCAUUUUAGUCGAGCAUCUUCAGUGGCAUCCAGUAUUGUCCAAGUCUUCGUCAGACCUGAUCGCAUCAAGUCACCUCCGAGAAACAACCUAGUCUGGUCCGUGGCUAGAUUAUUAAGAGGUUGGACGCGUCGAAGUCGGCGCACAGUGGGGAAGCACAACAAAUCGCGAACCGCAUCCACCAAGACCGCCCUAUGACGACGACAAGGACUGCUUACCUCCCGCAGCAUCUCCCACCUCUCCCCGCUCCCCUUGAGAUUCGAAAGAAACCCCGCAAGCGUCUUUGGUUCACGCAUCGAAAGCCUCCUCGCACACAGACAUCCGACUCUCCAGGCCCGCUUGACGAUAUCAUUUCCGAGAUUGCUCGUGAUAUUCGCCGCUCGCCUUCCUUCGACCCGUGGGAAGCUUGUCCCGAGUUCGAAGAUCUGUUUACCUGGGGAAUUCUUCCCUGGUCUGUCAGCCAUGCUCCGAGCGAGCGACCUUUAUCGGUGCGGAAGACGCGAAGCAGCAGGAGCCAUACUACAUCAAGCGCAUCUGGUUCGUCCUUCAGCUACGCGAUGGCUUCUGCCGGGUCCGAAGACGGAGGCGAGUGUGGUUGUCACCGUCCUCCUGUUGCGAGUCGUCAAACUUCGCAUGCCGUUUGUGUUUCUUCUCUGCUCGAGGUCUCUGCACAGCCUACUCGUGCGGCGGGAUCCCUUACCUCACGCAUCGUCUCCUUUAGAAAGGAAUCCCGCCAGCAAGAAGACAUUGUGCAGCAACACACUCCUGCGAUGGACGGCGAUGCAGAGUCUACUUCCAGGUCUUGUCGAUCCCACGGUCUUCGGAAGCAUUUCUUUUCCCUGUCCAAGAGAAGAGCGUAGAGAAAGUGGGCUUGAGAACCGGUGACCCAGCCAAGGAGGAUGGACCUUAAGCACCCGGUUCAGCGGCUGCACCUCUUCUAACUCCGUGACGCUGGGGUCCCAACGAGUCGGGACCCGGGCGAGGAUGGAAUAUGCAUCACUACUCUUAUGGCCAAAUAGGCACGGGGGAGGAUGACGGAGUAGUCAUGUAUCAAUACAAUUAGUGUCAUGAAGGGUUAUUUCCAU